GUCAUUUGUAAUGGACCGGUCGCGCGCCUGUUAUCUAGCCCUAGCUGCGUCUCAAUCUGCUCUCUAGCUCCCUAGGUCGUGAAUCAGUAUAUCAUGAAACUGAAUGUGGCCGACUACCUUAUCAGUGCCCAGACUACUGAACUAGGGAGCUGAUUGAGUCACACGGUCAGUCAGAACAACAGCCUAUGGUUGGAGAGAGAGAGUCAGUCAGACGUGGUCCCCGAAGAGCCUGAUGUCGGUCAUUCAUUUGAGACCAGAUGGAAGUGAAAGAGAAAAGACAAAAACUGAAGUGAAAUUUCAAAGAUUGAACAAAAACACAGAGAUCACAGUUCACACCUGCAGUGAAGCUCCUCCCGCAACAAUUCACCAAUAAAUACUGGGAAUAUUCACAUCAUCCUACAAGAGAAGGACAAACUCCAGGUGUAGCAGCUGAAAUCUGUGUGACUGUUAAAGAUGGAGUUUAUUAAAGAGGAGAUUGAAGACAUGAGUGAUCCAGAACCAUCCAGAAUAAAACAUGAAGAAACUGAGGAACAAACAGACCAGAUGGAAGUGAAAGAGAAAAGACAAGAACUUAAGUGAAAUUUCAAAGAUUGAACAAAAACUCCAGGCGUAGCAGCUGAAAUCUGUGUGACGGUUAAAGAUGGAGUUUAUUAAAGAGGAGAUUGAAGACACAAGUAUUUCAGAACCAUCCGGAAUAAAACAUGAAGAAACUGAGGAGCAAAUAGACCAGGUGGAAGUGAAACCGCAAAUGGAAGAACUGAAUGAAGUGGAGGAGAAACAUCAGAACUUUAAAACUCAAAGAACCAAUGCCAAAAAGCUGAAAACCUGCACUCAAUGUGGAAAGAGUUUCACAAGACAAGGAUUCCUUACAACCCACAUGAGAUUUCACACUGGAGAGAAACCGUAUACAUGCACUCAGUGUGGAAAGAGUUUCAGACAAAAAGGACACCUUACGACACACAUGAGAUUUCACACCGGAGAGAAACCGUACACAUGCAUUGAGUGUGGAAAAGGUUUCACACAAAAAGCAAACCUUAAAACACACUUAAAAAUUCACACUGGAGAGAAACCGUAUACAUGCACUCAGUGUGGGAAGAGUUUCAAAGAAAAAGGAGACCUUAACAAUCACAUGAGAAUUCACACUGGAGAAAAACCGUAUACAUGCACUCGGUGUGGAAAGAGUUUCACAGAAAAAGGAACCCUUAACAAUCACAUGAGAAUUCACACUGGAGAAAAACCGUAUACAUGCACUCAGUGUGGAAAGUGUUUCAGAGAAAAAGGAACCCUUAACAAUCACAUGAGAAUUCACACUGGAGAAAAACCGUAUACAUGCACUCGGUGUGGAAAGAGUUUCACAGAAAAAGGGGACCUUAACAAACACAUGAGAAUUCACACUGGAGAGAAACCGUAUACAUGUACUCAGUGUGGAAAAUGUUUCACACAAAAAGGACAACUUAAAACACACUUAAAUAUUCACACUGGAGAGAAAACGUAUACAUGCACUCAGUGUGGAAUGAGUUUCACAUAUUUGACUGGUCUCAAUGAUCAUCUGCUCUAUCACUGUGGAGAAAAGCCAUUUAACUGUAAUCAGUGUGGUAAAAAGUUUAUUACGUCAUCACAACUAAAAAAACACCUGAAAGUUCAUUCAGGUGUGAGACCUCAUGUGUGUUCUUUCUGUGGAAGGAGUUUUUCAAGGCUGAAUAAUUUUAAACUGCACCAGAAAACACACAACGAAGUGAAAGAUCAUAUGCUUUGACUGUGGGAAGAGCUUUACUAGCGCUGCGUUACUGAAACAGCACCAACAAAUUCAUAUUGGAGAAAGACCUUACAAGUGCUCAUAUUGUGACAAGAGUUUCACUGUGUCUGGAAACCUGAAAAAACAUGAGCGAGUUCACACUGGAGAGAAGCCAUAAUUACUCGGUGUGGAGAGAGUUUCAC